UCUCAGUUGGCAACGCGACCGGUUGCUUCAACAUUUCUCCUUUAGAAACUGGAAACAGCUAGUUUGAAAAACCAAGAAAAUUUUCUACUUCGUAUUUCUCUUCGCUCGUAUUUCAUUUCCUCUCUGUCUCUUGGUUUAUUUUCUCUUUUUCAUUUUCUUUCCUCUCUUAAUCGAGUAAAAUCCAAUGAAAUAGAAUUUUUUCGCGGAUGGAACGAUUAGAAAAGAACGUUGGAAAAGUGUCGUGAAGCUGGGAGAAGAUAGUUUGAAAGACAAAGUUUCGUUCGUUUCUCUCCCUGUUUUUUCUUCCUUCGCUAUUUCUUGGUCGAGAAAAAAUAGCAGGGUCUUCUUUCCGAUCGAUAUCGUUUAAAAGAGCAUGUCGGAAAGACGUUGCCAUAACGAGCUACUUCAAAAGACGAAGAAAAUUUUGUAGUUCGCGUCUUUGUUUUAUUCCCACUGUUUCGUUUAUGGUCUUCGAUGUCCCAUGUUUCGAACGAAGUAAAGUGGAAGCAUAGGUGAAGAACAUAUAGUGAAUUCUUUGUGGUUGGAAGAGCACGUUGAAAAAGUGUCGCGAAGCUAGAGCCACGGUCCCAGAUUGUUGGUUGCUAAUUGUCUAGGGCAGAAUAAUUGUCUCGUUUCUGGAAAAUCACCGGCUUUGUUCUGCCGUCCGUUAGAGAAACGACCCAUAACGAGCGAGGAGAAAGAGCAAAAGCCGCGACGCGACUCAAAUGAAUUACGAUACGGAAGAACUUUGAAUAGAAUUGCGUCCGUGCCACGAUUGUUUGAACGUUCGUUGGAUUAAUCGUCUUCUUUUUAAUACCAGGACUAUCAAACCUAUUAAAAUGCGUUUCAGAUCCUUUACUUUAACAAACUUGUAACUUUUGCAUGACUUUCGUCUAUUCGUUUAUAUUCGAAGCAAUUUAUUUUAUUACAUACGUCUUUUUCACAAUUGCAAAGGCUAAAAAUCGAAAAUCUAUCAUCCUGACAAAUUUGCCGAUUCUAGCGUUGAAAGAUUGUCCACUGAACGCGACGAAGAAUGUGUAGGAAUACGAUCUAUCUGGCCGAAGACUUUUGCAGGGCCUCGGCCAGGAUGUUCUCAUGGGAGCCAAAGAGGAAGAAUGGGGCAACGCGUUAAACGUGCGAGAUAAAUCCUCGCUGGGAGUUGUGUUAAGGGAUCGUUUGAUGACGGAUGCCGCCCUCGGAGGUCCACGACCGAUCAAGUCCGAGCACAAUUAUAGUUUGUUGGCGUCGAGUCCUCCUCCAAGCCCCGCGACACCCGGUGCCAACCCCCAUACACCUAAUUCCGGAUCGUCCGCCGAUAGGGUUGGCGCUUCUCUUUCCACCACUAGUUCCUCCAUCGAUUCUACUAAUCUGGAUCAUCAUAAAUCGUUGGACAUUCGAAGCAGAAUCGAUGAUAUGGAGGAGGAGUGUUUCCCGGCGAUCUCAAUGAAUACCGCGUCGGGACGCGACGAGUUGCCUUCGUCGUCGUCCACGUCGUCUACCUCAACGAUUAUCCUAAAGAGAAGAAACAAUGUAGUACCUGAAGACGUGGAGUGUACAGAGAUCAAAGGUGAACCGAUCAGCGCGCCUAGCAGUCCUUCCGAGUCUUGUCAAACGUCUAUAACCGACGACAAAAACACGAUAACCAUGGUGUUUCCUCAGAGUCUCCAUUUUUCGAAGAACCACAUGUCGCAGACCAGUGAUAGCGAGGAGGAUGACGAGGAAUAUUAUCAGGGUAUGGAGGUAGAAGAGUACAACGGGGAGGCGAACGAUGAGAAACAGGCGGAUCUACGCGCGUCCAGGCAGGGCCUACCGCCAACGCCGCCGAGCAGCGCCAGCUCCGACAGCGAGGGCACCGCUUCCGCUUCCUGUUCGCCGGAACGCCGAGAUUCCCAGAGCUCCGCGCACGCACAGAAUCUCAGAGGCCUGCUCACGCCCAGACUUUACAUCACAAACGGCACGCACACCACCAGACAGCCGAUACACACACCCUUGAUUUCCUGUCAACCGAAAGGGUCGACGGGUGUGUUAACGUUGACUGAAGAGGAAAAGCGGACAUUGAUCGCGGAGGGAUAUCCAGUGCCUACGAAACUGCCUCUGACGAAACAAGAAGAGAAGUCCCUGAAGAAAGUCCGUAGGAAAAUUAAGAACAAGAUAUCAGCCCAGGAGUCGCGACGGAAGAAAAAGGAGUACAUGGACGGUCUAGAAAGACGCGUGACGAUGCUCACGAACGAGAACUCCUCCUACCGGGACCGACUAACAGCCUUAGAAGACACGAAUCGCGAACUACUGAAAGAGCUUCAACGUCUCCAAGCCCUUCUUCAACUACAAAACUCGUAGGCGCAACGUUUCGAAAUCACGUUGAACGUUAAACUACAAACCGACGAUUUGACUUAUUAUCAAGAAGACAUUAUAAUCGCGGUCAUAGUGGUCGGAAGGGCGAUUUCGCGAAGACUGGUGGCCAGAUAAAGGGCCUUAGAACGUGUUCCUGAUCGUCGAAUCACAAGUGUUUUACUUUUAUCUUCUAUGUAGUUUCCUUCGAUCCUUGGACAAUUUGUAAUUUUCUUCGAUUAUAAAAGGGAGAGAAGAAAACUUACGUUUCCUCGAUGGAUAUCUUUCAACGAAUGAUCCAUCGAGUUUUUAUGGGAUCAAAUGUUCUUGCGGACUAUUUCCCAAACAGACCAUUUUCCAAGGGAACAGUGCAAUUUCCUUUACAUUCCUGUGUAAAGUCUUCCUCGUGUAGCGGAUCGAGCGUCAGUCGAGUAGAACGAUUCGCGAUGAAAAUAUAUUCCUUGGAUACGCCUCGUCUUCCUGUUUUCCGUGGACAGGAGUCGGCGGAGGGUGCAAUUCUGCCGGGAGUGCCUUGAUUCGCUUAUCUUUCUUCCAUCGCGAACGACGAAUCGAAAACGAAUUUUAUUCUCUUUUCUCUUCUAUCAAAAGUGUUUCGUUACGUUUCUGUUAUUGUAUCGCACCUAAUGAAUCGAAUUCAUCGAAUUGUAACAUAUUGCAUAGAAAGCAUGUGGAGAAAGGCCGAUCGCUAUACGAUCUAAAUGUGUAAUACAUCGAGAGCUUGAAAUUCGAGUCAAAAAUCGUAAAGUUCACGCUCUAAAGUGACUAUAGAGAAGUUAUUCUACGUGUAAAAAUGAAUCGGGAAAGCAAGAAUAAAGUUUUUUCGUUAGAAUCUUCGUUGUUGAGAAAAUCGUAUUUGAAAAUUGAAGCGAGAUAUACGUGCGUUUAGUUGACUCUCGACAGGGCACGUGUCUAUCGACGAUUUUUUAGAAAACGAGACUUUAAAGGAAGAAUAUUAUUUUACAUUUUCGACUUAUUUUUACACGCAGACCCCAACCUUCAGAGCAAUGAUACCAUCUUCUUUCGAUUUAGAGUGAACUGAACAUACACAUAUCCGACCUAUUUUCAAACUCGAUUAUCUCGAAGACGAAAUGUUAAAUAAAAAAGAUUUAUUCUUUA